AGGGGGGAACAGGUCACACCUUGAGGUAUCUCUAACAAAAAGGGGGGAAGGGGAAGUGGUAUCGCCUCAUUAGGGACUGUCUCAUUGGAAAGCACGCUGCUGAUGUCCAUUUGGAUCCCCCUACGCUGUGAUGUUUUGGAACAUUUGCCAAGGUUACGCCCCCAGCAGCCCGGGAAAGAGUUAAAUGACGGGUUGAUGCGAGUGGUUGUGCCCUAGAAGAGGGGGGAAUGGGGCUCAGUCAUUUGGGCUCUUUUCCUCCCAUUGUUCCCGUGUCGUUUCGCAGGGAACUUUGCGCUGCCCCUGCUGCAGUGGAAAUCCGAGAACCUGCUACUGUUGAUUCUUCCCCCCUUAUGUGAAAAGCGCUAAAAUGGAAACUGGUGGAGGGGAGUUUUAUGGGUCUGAUCCCAAUUCCACCCAAAAAAAAUAUGAAGCAGGAGGGGCGGGUCUUAAACUUGAUCCGGAUGCUGAGAAAGUGGUAGAGGCUGCUGAAUUAUUUCUAUUAUUUUUCUAUUCUGUCCAGUUAAGACUUAAGUCCUAUGAUCCAGGCUACUAACUAAAAUCUUAUGCAUUGCUAUUGGCCACACAUACAGUUCCCACAUUUUCCGGAAACAAAAUACCGGCCUUCCCAUAUAUUUUUCUUUUUUCCCUGUUAGUAACAUUGGGAUCAACCAUCAUUUUUACCUGCCAGGCUGGUAAAAUACCGGCCAGGUGGCAACCCUACAUAAGCCCACAGAUGGCACGUUUCCUAAUAAAGAGGUUAAUUUGAAAGUACAUGUGAGUGAUGCUAGUACUCACCAGCCCAUCGCAGAUGCAGUUAUCGAGAUCUUCGCCAAUCAGGUAUCUGCUGCAUCUGGAACCACAGGAGCUGAUGGAACAGCAUUAGUCAAGCUUCAGUAUAAAUUGGGCAGCCAGCUUAUUGUCACAGCAACCAAACAAGCCUAUGUGCCAAAUUCUGCACCUUGGAGACCUCUGAGAUUGCCUGUUUUUUCCUCGCUAAGCCUUGGUUUAUUGCCUGAGCGUUCUGCCACGCUCAUGGUAUAUGAUGAUAUUGUGCAGAUUGUCUCAGGAUUUCAAGGAUCAAGGUUACAGCCUCGAGUUCACUUUCAGAGAAGGGCAUUGAACCUGCCAGGAAACGCCACUUAUAAGGGCCUUGCUGCUUUUCUUACAGCUGCUAGUGCACCCUGGGAAAUUGACAGUUUUCCGUAUCUGCAAGGAUCAGAUGGCAACUCUACAGGAAAUAGCAGGUUUGACCUCACCCCAGUUACUGCUGUCAGCUUCCAUUUGUUAAACAGUGAAGGGACGGACAUCCCUGUGAAUGGUCCUAUUUAUGUGACUGUCCCUCUGCCUACACACAGCAGCCUGAAGCACAAUGCACACGUCCCCGCGUGGAGGUUUGAUCAAAAGCACGGAACCUGGUUGAAGAGCAGUAUUGGCAUCAUCCAGCAAGAGGGCAGCCAUCUUACCUGGACAUACAUUGCACCACAGAUGGGCUACUGGGUUGCAGCCAUGUCUCCAUCCAACCCAGAUCCAGUGGUAACACAGGACAUCACAAGCUAUCAUACCUUGUUCCUUUUGGCAAUAUUAGGAGGCAUUGCUUUAAUACUGCUGGUCCUCCUGUGCAUCUUGCUAUAUUACUGCAGGAGGAAGUGUCUGAAGCCACGUCAGCAUCACAGGAAGCUUCAUCUUUCCACAGCACUGGAUUGCUCCAAAAAGGAUCAGGCCACUUCUAUGUCCCACAUUAAUUUAAUUAGUCCAAUCCACAUGGAGAUGAUGUCUUCUAGUGGUGAAGCCGACAUGCAUACCCCAAUGCUAAAGCCUUCGUACAAUACCUCGCGGGACUUUGGCUCCAGAGAAGAGCUGCUUUCUCAUCAGGAAGAAAAAAGCAGAAUCUCUUUGGAUAACUUGACUCCAAGCGGAACGUUGAGACAGGUGUACAAUAAAUCGUUGGAUCAUAUCCUAAUGAAAUCUAGGAAGUCAGCAGAAAUAUCAGAUGAAUAUACAUCUACCAUGAAAGAUGAGUACCGGAGAAGUUACAAUUCAGUCAUCUGUCAGCCUUUGUUUGAAAGCAAGGACAAAGACCUUAUGUCAUCUACGAACCAUGUUAUAGCAGGAAGUAAGCCAAAUAUUCAGGAACAAAUGCACCCAGUGCCUUCUGCUCCUGAAGCUGAGCAGCUGAUAGACCGACGGUCUAAUGAAUGUAUGAUGUCCAGGUCAGUGGAUCACCUUGAAAGGCCAACUUCUUUUUCUCGGCCUGGUCAGCUCAUUUGUUACAAUUCCGUUGACCAAGUCAAUGAUAGCGUUUACAGAAAUGUGUUGCCCACUUUGGUUAUUCCAGCUCACUAUGUGAAUUUGCCUGGAGAACAUCCCUUUGUCAGCCAGCAGUUGAUUGUCUCUGCUGAACAGCAGUUUGAUAUCGAGAGACUUCAGGCGGGACUUUCUCAUGCUCAGCAGAUGCAACCGCCUCCGUUAAGCGCUCAAGCGAUAUCGCAGCAACACCUGCAAGAUGGAGAGGGCAUUGAGUGGAGUGCACAAAACACAAUGAUGUCUGAAUCUGUCUCUAUUCCGGCUUCGCUGAAUGAUGCAGCUAUUGCCCAGAUGAACGGUGAGGUGCAGCUCCUGACAGAGAAAGCGCUGAUGGAGCUCAGUGGAGGAAGACCUAUGCCCCAUCCAAGAGCCUGGUUUGUAUCGUUAGACGGCCGCUCAAAUGCACAUGUUCGACAUUCAUACGUUGAUCUCCCAAGAGCUGGUAAAAAAGGGAGGAAUGAUGCUAGCUUGGAUUCAGGUGUGGACAUGAAUGAACCAAAAUUGGGAAGAAAAUUGAGAGGAGAGAAAUUAUCUGUGCUGCAGCAUCACCCAUCUAUGCAGCAUCCGACUUUACAGGAGCACCAGCAGCUGAAUGUUUCAGACAGUACCACUUAUACGCAGCUGGUUUACCAGAAUGACACGGACCAAAGUCCUAGUGAAUGUGGUACAGCUGUCUGUAGCCCCGAGGACAGUAGACCAUUCAUUGAGGCACCUGCAAAAAAGAGCAGUAGCCAGCUACCAAGCCUUCAGGAAGAGACUAUUAAGCAAACCGCAGAAUCCUCACCAGUGCCAUUAAGUAGCCCGGAGCACGAGUUUAACAUUAACGACGACAGUGGCGAAGACCAAGGAGAAAAUAAAAAAAGUCCUUGGCAAAAAAGAGAAGAGAGGCCACUCUUGGCCUUCAAUAUGAAAUGAGUUGUCCUGUUGCUGUUGGAGUAGAAAAAAUUGCCAAAUAUUCUUUCUUGGAAAUGCUUACCUGUAUGAUCCACAUUUCUGCCAAGAAAAUGAAACCCGCAUUCAAUUCGGACCUUUUUCGUCAGUGAAUGUUUCAGAGCAUAGGAAGGAAACCUGCAAGGAUUUUUUUUUUAAAGGGACAUGACGCCAAAAUAGGCGCCAGUGAUUUUUAUGCCCUAUAGGACAAUAUCCUGCUAGGGUUCUGACCACUACCCUCCCAGUGUCGGGAGCAUGUGAGACUUAAUUGUAUCAUGGUAAUGUUUACUGUAAGUGACACGGAACUCACACUAUGUGUAACUGAAAAGGCAAUGCAUUGCUGCUCUCACCUGAAGUGGCAUUCUGCCUAGGCAUUGCUUUUUAUGUUAGAUUUUUUAUUAUUAUGAUGUGGCUGUACAAACUUACCUUUUUUUUAUUGUAAUCUGCUUUUAUUGGUUUUAUUUUUAGCUUUGCUUUAUUCCCAAUUUUUGUAAUGUAUUUCUACAAGAAAGCUGUUAGUAGCAAAAGCUUUGGUUUAUAAAGGUUUGUUUUCCAUUUUUCUAAAAAAAAAAGUCAAACUUUAAACGUCGGCUUAUUUGUCGACAGAAUUUGGUCCCUAUUCUUCAAGUGCCUUUUUUUUACAGUUUUAAUAGCCCUCUUUUUGCUAAUGAAUUAAACCCUGUUUUACUAAUUUUAUUCCAUUUCCAUUUAGUUUGUUGCGUGCAUGCACUUGGGGGGUUCACUUCUGCUCUGCAGCUCUCACUUCUGUAUGGCAUUGCUUUCCUUGUGUGCUGCACAUUCUGUUUAAGGCGAGAAUAUUGAAUACAGGCCGCUUUGUAUGAUAAACCUCUGCGAUGUAAAUACGGUUUCUAUUGCUUUGGAACCCGAUUCAACUGCUCCCUUUAUCCACUGCAGACUGACCGGGUGGUCAGGGUAAGUAAAAACCUUAACAUUAUAUACGAUUAUAAAUUGCUAGAAUGUCUUUUCUGUGCAUUCUGUUUAAAGAACUGCUUGGUUAUACAAGAAAUAAAAUCUUUAAAAAAUA